AAACUUCAAAGCUGAGCAAAGUCAAAGAGAGAAGCACAAGAGAAGCUGCUCUUAUCUACCUACUGCCACUGGUGUAGAUCUGUUGUCCUUUGCAAGCGGUGAAGGCCAUUUUAAGGAGUUUUUGCUUGCUGGGUCACUGUAGUCCAGGAUUUCAAAGGGAAAGGGAUAUUUUUAUCUGAAGACAAGGAAGCUGCGGAUGUCCUAUAGGAUCCAUAGUGGCUGCGCAUGCAUCAAUUCUCCCCCAAACAUUAGGGGGGUCUACAGCUGCAAAUGUCCUGGAGCAGCAUCUGCUCAGUGCUGCAUGGUUUGACCUGGUAAUUCUUAACAGAGAGUAAUCCGGUACACCUGGUUUUUCCACACCAUCUCUCACAGAUCACUACUUGUAAUUGAAAGCGGGCGGCGACAAGGAUAGAGGCCCAAGAUGGCUUCAAAAGCAGAACGCGAUGCAAUCAAGGUUGCAAAAGUGCUGAUGGUGGGAGCAGGGGGCAUAGGGUGCGAGCUGCUGAAAACUCUGGUCAUGUCAGGAUUCCAAGAUAUCGAGCUGAUCGAUAUGGACACAAUUGAGGUUAGCAACCUGAACAGGCAGUUCCUGUUUCGGAAGAAGCACGUGGGCCAAUCAAAAGCGCAGGUGGCGCGAGAAGCAGUCCUGAAGUUCCGCCCUGAUGCAAAGAUUGUGGCGCACCAUGCAAAUGUCAAGGACCCCCAGUUCGACAUCGACUUCAUCAAGCGCUUCACUGUCGUUUUGAACGGGCUGGACAACGUCGAGGCGCGGCGCCAUGUGAAUAGGCUCUGCCUGGCAGCAGGGGUGCCUCUUGUUGAGAGCGGCACCACUGGUUACGUUGGCCAGGCGGACGUUCACAUCAAGGGCCGGUUCACCUGCUUCGAGUGCUACCCCCCGCCCCCUCCCAAGUCCUUCCCAACUUGCACCAUCACAAACACUCCUAGUCAGCCGGUGCAUUGCAUCGUGUGGGCUAAGGAGCUGCCGUUCGCGAAGUUAUUCGGGGAGGCCGGGUUAGCCAACGAUUUGGACAUGCGCUCCGACGACCAGGCAGAGGAGCCGUUAGAAGAGGACACCAACUGGCACCGUGUCAAAGAGAACGAGACGCCGACGGCAUACGCAUGCAGGGUGUUCGACAAAGUGUUUGGCCACAACGUUGCCAAGACCCUGGAGAUGGACGACUUGUGGAAGAACCGGCAGCGACCAAAACCCCUGUACAUAGACGAGGUUCUGCCCGAGACGUCCGAGCCGCCCGCGAAACGGCCGCGCACAGAGGGUGCAAACGCCGGCGACGAGGAGAGAAGCGUGUCUGCCGCGAGCAAUCUGGGGUUGCGGGAUACCAACCAGGUGUGGAGCCUGCAAGAGAAUGCGCGCGUGUUCCUCGAGUCCGUGCGGCUGUUCUUGGAGGAGCGGGCGUCCGAGAUCGGAAGCCUGCGCUUCGACAAGGACGAUACCCUCGCCGUCGAGUUUGUGACGUCAGCUUCCAACCUGCGGGACAUCUCGUUUGGAAUCCAAACGCAGAGCCUUUUUGCGGCCAAGGGCAUCGCGGGCAACAUCGUGCACGCCAUUGCCACCACAAACGCGAUCGUUGCGGGGAUGAUCGUUAUCGAGGCAACCAAGAUCGUCACGGGCCAGAUGGACAAACUCAAGACCCACUGGUGUGAACAGUUCCUUCGGCGGAAGAUGCUGUUGUGGAGCAUCGACCCGAACCCCCCCAACCCCAAGUGCUACGUCUGCUCGGACACUCCGCUUUUUCUGGAGGUCGACACCAACAAGGCGACCCUGGGGGAGGUGCUGCAGAAGAUUGUGAAGAAGAAGCUGGCGGUUGUGUCGCCUAUGGUCCUCUUCGGCAACUCAAUCCUUUAUGAGACGGGGGACGACCUCGAUGAGGACGAGCAGCGAAGCUACGCGGCAAACGCGGCCAAGGUCUUGUCACAGUUCCCGACGCCGAUCGGACAUAACUCUCUUGUCAGCAUUGACGACAGCCAGCAGGACUUUCGGUGUACGCUCCACAUCGUGCACAGGGACGUGUUCGACGAGGAGAAGGAGCCGGACAUGAUGGUGCUGCGGGGCGAGAUUCCUGCCGUUAAAGCCGGCGAGGGGACGGCCAAUGGCACAGAGGCGGCAGAGGAUGACGACGAUGACCUCACAAUUAUAGACAAUGCGGUCCAGGAAGUAGACGCAGUCCAGGAAACAAGCGCGAAAGCGGGGAAGCGGAAGCGGGAUGAAGAGGACGGCGACCACGGCAGCAGAAAGAAACGGUUACCGGAAGAGAAGGAAACGGAAGACGUUGAUACGGGCGUGAUUGAUCUGCUAUGACCGGGAUCGACCUUAACAUUGGCGCCUGUUGAUUAAGCUCUUCCUGAACGUGCGCUUUCUUUACCUUGUUGUUGCCUAGUAUCCGGGCAACACACAGUCGUCCUUCAUGGUGGACGAGACCUCUCA